GAAGAAGGGAGAGGAUAUAAAAUAAAAUAAAUGGCACUGUCCAAUCAUCUUUCUCCUCUCUAAGGCUCCUCCUAUUUAUUUGAUUCCCUACCAUGCUGCCAUUUUAUUUUCUCAACUUUUCUUCUCUAACCAAAAUCCUGUUUAACCAAUUAAGGGCCUGUUAAUUCUUUCCCUCACCCCACCAAAACUCCUUUUCACGUAGGUUUGGACUUUGGAAAGAAGAGUUCUUAAAGCAUUGGUAUAUUGAGUGACGUACACAUGGGGAGACACUCUUGCUGCUACAAACAGAAGUUAAGGAAAGGCCUAUGGUCUCCAGAGGAAGAUGAGAAGCUUCUGAAUUACAUCACCAAACAUGGUCAUGGAUGUUGGAGUUCGGUCCCCAAACUAGCUGGUUUGCAAAGGUGUGGGAAGAGCUGCAGGUUGAGGUGGAUAAAUUACCUGAGGCCUGAUUUGAAGAGAGGAGCAUUCUCACAGCAGGAAGAGAACAUGAUUAUUGAACUCCAUGCAGUCCUUGGAAACAGGUGGUCUCAGAUUGCAGCACAGUUACCGGGAAGAACUGACAAUGAGAUUAAGAAUCUAUGGAACUCGUGCCUGAAGAAGAAGCUGAGGCAAAGAGGCAUUGACCCAAACACCCACAAACCACUUUCUGAGGUUGAGAACGACAAGGACAUGCCACCCUCAACCGACAAAAGCAAUCAGAAAGCCUCAGUGGGAUCCAAUGAAGUGAGUUUGGUUGAUCAGCUACCAAAAUCAAUGCCUUCAGAGAGAUACCACCCUCUUGAAGUUUCCACUAGUUGUUCCACACAGGAACUAUUCCUAGAUAGGUUUGGUACCACCAGCCAUGAUAACACUUGCCGACCCUCUGAUGUGGUAGGAUCAUAUUUCUCCUUCCAGCACUUGAACUAUGGAACAAACAUGCCCCUCUCUGCAAACCCCAACAACGCCUCUCUUUCUUUCAUUCCACAAUCCACUUCUUCAGAGCUUAAUAACUCUACCAUAACCUCCUCCAUGCUCCACUCAAUUUUCCCUACACAUGUCAAGCCUUCUGUUAGUCUCCAAUCUAACACCAACCCUUCCAUAUCCUCUGAUGGGGUUCAAAACUGGGAAGCUGGCAGCUUCAGUAACGGCAACAACACCAACAAAAACAUUCAGUUACAAAGCAGCACAAACACAAACUUCCUUGACAACACGUGGGGGGUGGCAGAGUCUAUGAAGGUUAACAAAGACUCUCAGGUGCCCCUACAAGCAGAACAAGAAGAUCUAAAAUGGUCUGAGUAUCUCAACACCCCAUUCAUUCUGGGAAACACAGCACAGAAUCAAACCUCUCAAUCUAUCUACAGUGAGGUUAAACCAGAAACAGGAUUCAUAACAGACGAGUCAUGUACUAAUUGGCACCAUAGUCAGCAACAGACACCAGCUUUUCAACUAUCUGAUAUAUAUAGCAAAGAUCUGCAGAGAUUUUCAGUGACGUUUGGACAAACCCUGUAGCCUGUGUACGUAAUAUGUGGAAACUUCAACUCAACGAAAGAGACAAAGAUGUUGCCGACUUAAUUUCCAUUAUGAACCAGGUCAGAAUUUUCUCUUGUGAGUUCUGACCACAUGUGUGUGCUGUAAAAAACUUCCUUUCCAUAUUGUAUAUUAUGUUACAGUGUAAGUGUAAUAUUUGUGAUAAAUUCCAGGUCCUUAUUCCCACCAUUUUGUUAAUCAAACAUAGUGGCACUACUGCUGAAUAAGGCUUGUCCCGAAAUGUGUAGCUUGUGAGUUUUUCCGUGUGUAUACAAUUGACAGCAUUGUUUAUAUUUUUCUACCUUGAUUCAAGUUUCAACAAGGGUUUUGUUUGUUA